AUGGCGCUGGACGUUUGUUUAACUCGAGAUACCCACGAAAAAUGGGGCUUCGAGUUCGUCGGCGGAGCUGAUGAGGAUAUACCUUUCACUAUUGUAAAGAUGGACUCAUCAUCGCCGGCUUCUCGUGCCGGUCUACAGAGCGGAGACACUAUCUUCACUAUUAACGGCGAAGACGCUGGUGAUUUCACUCAUGAGGAAGCCUGUAGGAGAGUAGCUGAAUGUGCUGACAUACUAACAUUAGGCGUGAUGCGUGGUCUCUACGACCCAGUGUUGGACGACCAAGACCCGAUACUCUACGAACCGGGCGAUUUCGACCCCGAAUCACAACCGACUGAGGUAUCAUUCAAAAUUCAACAAUUUAUAGAACCCGCAGACCUAGGAAGUACUCCAAUAGACUAUGGUGACACAAAUACCCCUAUAGGUACUCCCUUCGAUCCAAGUAUAUUACUUGCAGAAUCCAGAUCUUUAACUGCAUCUCCUUUUAUGAACCCCGCCAAACCUUACAGGCCCUUUUCGACUGAACCCUUACCUGAAGUGCCACCUUUAGAAGAUCCAAUCAUCCUCAAUCCAAACUAUAAGGAUCAAUUCGGUAAAAGUCCCGACGAUGUUGACCCAGAUUAUAUCUUAAACGCUCACUGCAAAAGUAAGUUUAAGCUGCCGAUUUCCGAACAAUACGAUCCAGAUGGAACUAGACACGUUAAGAAUGUUGAAAUUGAUAGUGUUUUAUCAAAAUACACAAAUAUGGAAAAGCUGUGUAAGAAAUCACAGACUACUGAUGAAAAAAAUACAAAAAUUACUAAUAGUAAAAUUGCUGAAGAUUCUAAAAAGACGGCAACAGAAAAUACAAAUUUUAAGAGUAAAGAAAGUUUUUCAACAAAUCUAACAGAAGCAAGUUCAAUAUUGACAACAGAAAAACUGCAUAUUAAAGAAGACAACUUCAAAACAAAUGAAGAGACGUCAAUUAGGAGAGACUUAAUUACCCAGGAUGUAGAAGAAAAUAUGAUUACAGAAGAAUUAAAAUACAUUGAAAAAAUGAAACACGAAAUAGAUGUAGACCAAAUAGAAAGGACGGCCCAUUCUGUUGUGGAAGAUAGUAUUGAAAGAGCUGUAUCCGUUGCAGAGGAAAUCAAGAAAGAAAUGGCGGUAGACCAAAAUUUAGUUAUAGAGGCAAAAUCUGACAGAGUAACUAAGGCAGUUGAGAAGAAAAUAUCUACAUUAAAGAAUGAAAAACAACUAAAAGAAGAAUUAGAAUCGAAUGAAAUCAAAGAAACAGACUUUGAAGUCAUCGAUAAAAUAGCAUCCAAUAAAGAACACUUAAAAUAUGUUGAGGAAAAUAUUGAAGAACAACAUAGCAAGACCGAAGGUCAAAAUAGAUCAGAAAGUGUUGGUAGAAAAGAUAACAAGCAAACUUUAGAAGGUAAUAUCGGACAAUAUAAAAAAGUAUCAAAAACUGUUACUGCCGACACUAAGUUUGAUAAAUCUGGAUCCCAACAACGAAUAUAUGAAAUAGGUCUACAGACUAUACCUAAUAUAAGAGGAGUGGUCCAUUCUUCUUAUCACUAUGAUUUGCUGCUCCGGACAUUUUUUAUUCAUUUAACAGACGUAAUGGUGGCAUUAUCUCGAUUUCUUUUAUCUCAACCUAUUUUUGAUACCAGUUGUUAUGAGACACAGAAAACCGUAAACAAGUCACAAAUCAAAAGCGAAGAAAAAGAUAUAAGGAAAACUCAACACGAAGUUGUUGAAUCUGUUAAAACAGAAAGACGAAUAGUUGAUGACGCUAGGACGAGUGUUAAUGUAAAGCAUGAAAAAAUAGUGGAAAAGAAGGUAGACAUUCCUGUACAAGAGAAACAUGCACAUAAAAGAGAAUUAGUUACUCCAAUUUCAAUGAAAGAAACAAAGAUAGCAUCACAUGAAGAUGUGACGACACUGACGAAAAAACAAGAUGUGAAAACUGAUUUAAAACAUACUAAAACAAUUGAAAAAUCAGAUGUUAAACAGGAGCGAAAAAAAGAAGAUGAUACAGCCAUCAUUCAAGUUGAAGGGAGGAAAAUUUCUGGAGCUCAAAUGGCUCAGCGUACAGAAAAAAAACUAACUAAAGAUAUGACACAGAAAAUGGAUGCUGUGAUAUCAGAAUUUGAAACUGUAGCAGUUGAAGAAGAUAAGAAGGAGAUGCUGCAGCGUAGCAGAAGAUCAAGGAGCAGAAGUCAAAUAGAAGAAGAAGUAGCUAAAGAAAGUGAUCCUUUAGAAUGGCUUGCUAAAGUUGACAGUGGAAGGGCUUCUCAAGAGAUUAGUGAAGAGAGACUUUCUGAAAAAGAAUGUUCUUCAACUGAGACUUUUGAAAAAAAACGUUAUGAGAAACUUGAAAAACAAGAAAUUAAACACAAGAAGGCCCAGACUCCUAAACAAAUGUACGUUGCCAUAGUAGAAGCACACGUAUAUACGAACAAAGACGUCAUUUUUGAAGACGCUGCUGAAUUUUCUGAAACAUCAUCUGUACAGAGUGCUGAAGAAGUAAAUACUGCCUUUGAGGCUAUGGAAGCUAUGCAGUCUGAGAAUGUACUACUUGAGAGUGCAGUUCAGCAAAUCGAACAAGCCAAUGUAGUUGAAGAAACACAAGACCUGUCUAGGGUGACUGCACAAAGUAAGGCUACGGUACAAAGAAUUGAAGAAGUUGUUCAUAAGAGUAAAUCUAUACAAAAAGAAGAAUACAAAAAAGAAACCGCCGUACAAUCUACAGAUGUCCAAGAAGUUGUUAUUCACGAAACAAAACAGGUCAUUGAACCGGUAGUUGAAAUCAAAGAAAUGAUCAAAAAAGAAAAUUUGACCGUAGAUAUUAAUGAAUCUCUGUAUGUAGCUGAGUCAAGUGAAAUCAAUGUCCAUGAAUCUAAAAGUGAAUUUACUAAUAUUGAAACAAAGGAAGAAUCUAUGGCCAUAAUUGAAGAGGAUAACAGCGAAAGUGCUGUAGCUCAGCCUAUAGUAGAAGUUAAAGAAGAUAAACAGGAGAUUGUCAAUGUUAAGACUGAAGUAGAAUCUCAAGUUCAGAUAGAAGAUGUCACAGAAAAGGUCGUGGUCAAGGCAGAAAAACCGGCAAUCACAAAAGAAGAGGAAUACGCAGCUCUUAAAAUUGUAAAGGAAAUUGAAACAGAAGAAGUUGCCUCCCCUGAAAUUAUUGAAGUAGAAGAAGUAGAAGUUAACAAAAUACAAAUGAGCAAAGAGUUACAGCUGGAUCAAUCAGCAAUACUCAAAGAAAAAUCUAAAAUUAGUUCAGAACUUGAAAUGUCAAAGGAAUCACAAUCAAAAAUGACUUCUGAAAUUGACAUUUCAACAACAUCAAAUCACAUGUCGAUGGAAAGUUAUCGAUCAGAAAAUUAUAUGUCAGAAAGUAACGUUCAGGAAUCAUCAUUUACAGCAAAAUCGAUGGACAAAAAGUUAACUGUACGGACUGAUUUAAAGACACAGGAAUCUAUACAAAGCGAGCCAAGUACCAUAGACACUCCGACUCCAUCUACUGUGCCACCAACGCCUUUAACCGAUGAAUAUGUUUUUAAACUUACAAUUCCUUUGCCAAAAAGCAGAAGUACAACACCAGUUCCCAGAGACUGUAGUCUAAGCCCUAAAGAGGAAGAUCCACACAUCGUUAAAAAGAAACUAAUCCCACACAUUGAAACGACCAUAAAUAGAAUUGUUUACGACCCUCCCUUACCUACUCCCCCUGGGGAAUGUCCCUUAACUCCGAUAUUCAAAACUCCAGGAUUAUUUGGCGGUUCAAGCAAACCGAUUUAUAAAAUUAAAUUUCCAAUGGUAUAUAGAAAACCGGGUUUAUUUGGUGGUGCUGAUAAUCCACAGCUCGACAAGGAGGAAAUCAGAGAAAUUGAACGAAAGUCAUCGUUACUGGCAUCGGCCAUUGAUGAAACAAUAAAAAGCAUAGAAGAAUAUAAAGAAGAAGUCGGCAUCGAAACGAAGAAGAAAGUCAAAAUAGCAGAGUUCAAAGAAGAUACAUAUACGAAAAGUUUUCAGGCAAGUUAUGGUGAAGAAACUUUUAUAGAAGCAAAACGAAAUAGUUUUGAGGAAUCUAAUACUUCAAUUAAAGAAAUUGUUGAAAAAAGCGAAACGGCUAAUGAUAACACUGAAACUUCUGUAGCUAUUGAAAUAACUGAAGAAGAAACCACUGAAAAGAUGAAAACAGAUAUUCAGAAUCAGAGUUCUGAAACUGAAUCAGUUAAAGAAAUUGAAGUAAAUAUAGAACAAGAAACUAAACCAGAGGAGAUCAUUGAUGAGAGAAUUGAGGUUAAAAGAACCACAAACAUAACUGAAGUUAAGAAAAACGAGAUAAUGAACAGUGAAGUUUAUAUGGAAAGUGUAAAUGACUCUCAAAAUACUGUUAUUGAAAGCGAAAAAGAAGUAACAGAAGUGAAAUUGGUAGAAGAAGACAAUAAAAAAGAUCCUAUGACUGGUUUUAGACCAGUUGUGUUUGAUCCAGAGACAAUACAAAAACGGAGUGUCCCACAUUUUCUUGUACAAGAACUACCAUCUCAAGAACCAAGAGGUUCUCCUUAUUUGACUGAAUCUGGAGAAAUUAUUGGUACAGUCCAAGGAAUCGUGGAUGGAUUAGAAGAACCCGUCAUGGAUCCUGAGUUGGCUAAGGAGUUAGGAAAACCUGGGAUAUCUGAAGAAAAAAUCGCAGAAUUAAUUUCCGGGGAAGCAGAGAUGUUGAGAGAGGCACACGUUAUGGGCCUCUCCAGGGUGCUAAACUCCCAUAUGCAUCGUGCUGACGAUUCCAGUGUGGACUUCCAAAAGAUCAAACCAAUGAUUGACUCACUGAAAGACUCUGAAGUAUUAAAAGCUUUGAAUGAGGAACUGGCGAGACAAAAAAAAGAAGAGAAAAAGAAGGAGGAAAAGAGAUGGACGACCUUCCUACAGAAGCCUAAAAGACCACCUCCAAAAGUAAAAUUUGGAUAUUAUGGCAUGACAGAUGCUGAACAAGCAACUGUAGAGGAACCUUAUAAAGUGAAAAUAGUAAAACAGGCAAAGCCAAAAGUUGCACCGGAUUAUAAACCCGAGAACUUCGAUACUGGACCACUCCCGUGGGAACAGGGCGCUGAAAUCGAAUCCACUCUACCACCAGUAGAACCUGAGGAACCAAUACUUGUACCAGAGCUUCCGGAGUAUCUUGAAGCUGUAGACAAUCUUCCAGAAAGUGAAGUUCCUGAUCUAAUAGAUACAGGUCUUCCGCUGCCUCCACCUAGAGAACCGACCCCACCGCCAGUGACAAAAGAAAUUCUAGAAGAAGAAGAAGCAGUAAUAGAACAAGAAGUAGCAGCAGAACAAGUCCAAGAGGCAAUAGAAGAAGAAAAGCAGGAAACAAGAGACGACAUGGAGAACAAAUUAGCGGAACAGCUAGUGAGAAGCGUGCAGUCUAUGGUUGAUCCCAAUGCGCCGGUGGAGCAGCAACUCUCGCAGAUGCGCGCUCAGCUCGCAGCCCUCGCUCAGCUACCUGAAGUCAUACAACACACUCUAGACCUAGUGUCAAGACAACUUAACAAGAUGGGACACCAGGGAACUCGCAUGGAAGUUUCAGCCUCCCAUACUGAGAGCCAUAGUCAUCAAGAAAUGGAAGUAAUUCAAAACCAUGAAUUCGAAAGUACGCAAGAACAACAAACAACACACGGUUCCGACCAAUCUGAAAUAAUUCAGAAUGGCAACACCACUGCUGAAAACGAUGGACAUCAAGUGAUGAUAGAAGAAAUGCAGGAGAUUAUGGAGCCAGAGGAGACGACUGGACAUGUGACACAGGAGUGUAAGAGAGUGCAGACACCGCAGAUAAAAGAAGAUGAGAUAAGAAACGAGAAGAUGCAGAAGGAACAACGCCAUCAGUUCAAGCUAGAAGCCGAUGCUCGCCAAAUAAAGCAACGCUCAGCCCCACGCGUAGGAAAACCCACAAGGAUGUUCGGACCCUUGGACCCUGACUCCAGGCCUGUGGUGCUCCCAGGAGGCAGAAGAUGGCGGAAGGCUUCUGACGUAUAUAACGAGCAAUUGAUUGCUGAAACUCUUCAAGCACAAUCUGAAUUGAUUCGCGGGAAGACUAUGGGAAUCAACUUCAUGAAAUACGAAAAGCCGCCUGUUUCUCUGGACCAUCUCCAAAACUCGGAGACGUACAAACUAGUCCAUGAUAUGGACCAGCCUCCGUUGAAGAAGGUGGAAAUGCUGAGGCCUGUCAUUGCUGAAGCAGAUUAUAGAGAAAGAUGCCGAUCAGCCACGCCAUCUGGUGCCAUGAAACACCUGCAAAUACCUCAACAGUUUCACCCUUAA